AUGGCCACAGCCGCCGGUAUCAAUCCACCACGCUCUACUCGUGCGAAAACCCAUCAGGAACUACCAAACAGACAUCACCCUCUUAAUCGCCCAUCACCCGUAUCUAUAUCCCAAUCAGAAACACGCUCUCCUUCCCUUUCCCGGUCACCGAAUCCCUCCGCAAGUUCAUCUCUGGCGAACCCUUUUCCACCAAGUGAUGCCGUCAUAAAUUCUUGUGAGCCCUGCUACCGGAGGACGACUCGUUGCGCCAUGAAACAAAAUGCCAGCAAAUGUCACUCGUGUGAUUUCCGCUACCAGGAAUGUACAUCCAACAUAAAUAACCACGUAGGAAAACGGAAGCAUGAUGACUCCGGUCUAAGAGAUGCCAGCUAUGUAAAGAGACAAGCAAGGAAUAGCCUGCCAUCUCCCAUGUCUGAAAUUAUGACGGACUCUCAACGCAGAGCUUCCAUCAACACUAACUGUUCAAGAGAAGCACCGUCGGCAGGCUUCCAUAAUAGCAUGGCUAUGGAGAUAGAGCCUCUAUUCCUCGGCUUUCUCCCACGGGACUGGAACGACGAGAUUCAGGUAGCAGCAGCUCGGAUACAAAGUGCAUCGGACCAGGGCUGCCUUACGAGAGCUGGUGAUUCUUCUGUCUCGUUGGAAACGGUAGAAAACCUAGUUACUCCCUUUGGGCCGACUUUGGUGGACAAAUACUUUAAACACGUUCACCCGACAUAUCCAAUCAUCCUAGAAGACAGUUUCCGAAGUGCUUACAGGGAGCGGAAGGGUCUGUCAGCUCUCCUUUUAGGGACGGUAUAUCUUGCGGCCUUGAAGUGGCUGGAACCUGAGUCCGGAAUACAAACACUGCGCCCACCGGAUGCUGCUGGCCUUGAGGCUUUGGUUUACACGCUUCAGGCUGGUCUGCUUCUCUCCCAAAAGUCAUCCAUCUUUACUCCUAGAUUGAUGGCCCAGCUGGUGACAGCAGGGUUCGACUUAGGCCUGCACCAGGACUGCUCUAGAUGGCAGAUGGCAUACUGGGAGAAAGGCUUGAGGAAACGACUAGCAUGGGCUUUAUAUAUGCAAGAUAAAUGGUGUGCAUUAGUGCAUAGUCGGCCAUCACACAUAUUCGUGUCCAAUUGGACAGUAACGGACUUGACCUUAGAUGAUUUUGAUAAUGCCACACGUUCAGCUGUUCAUGGUGCUUCUUUUGUCUCUUCUCCUUCCCCUUCAUCGCCCUCUGACCUUGUGUUUGGCUACGUCUACUUCAGCCAAUUCGUUGCUCUGACCAGAAUUCUAUCCGAUAUCAUUGAAUCCUUCUAUACCCUCGAAGCUAACCGAAACUUCUCUACAACCCGCGAGCAGCUUACCCAUACUAUUCUAUCAAAGGCGAAACCCAUUCAAAUCCAACUAAAGGACUGGUUUGCCCAAUUACCCGCUGAGCUGAAAGUAGACUCUGAUUGUGUGAUGGAGGCUGGUGCCAAUGGUGGAAUAUAUCUAGCAUACUUUGCAACUGAAAUUGCUCUUCACAGGUGCAUUAUACGGUCUAUAUCGCCGGAAACAACUGACCAAUAUCUUGCACAUAUCUGUCGUUCUGCGGCGAAAACUCGUCUCAUAUCUGCUAUGGACUUUGUAAACAGGCUGAGACCUGUUCACCUGCGAGCAUUCUGGCCUGCUGCUGCAAAAACGAAUUUUGCCCUCAUUGGAGCAUUUGGCGUCUUGCUGCGAACUACGGCACAUACCCAGGAGGAGGAAGAAUUCUACAAAUCCCGGUUACGGGAAUAUCGAUGGACGCUGGGUGUGAAUCGAAAGCAUGCAGAAUUUUUGGACUUUGCAAUAGGUAGCCUUGACGGAGUGGCCAGACUGCUACUUAAUGAACCGCAGAAACCAGGGUUUCAAGAGUUCAUGAACAGUUCAUCCUUCUCUCCUUCGCCGGAUGUGGACAUGAUGAACUGCAGACGUACCCGGCUCAGUGAGCAAUCUGCGGGACCUCGUAACGACUCACGCCAUGGAGACAGCUAUUAUGGCUCAGAUGAGUACGAACAUCGACCAGUAUGCAAUGGGAUGUAUUCACGGCUUGGUUUCUCGUCUACAAAAUCUGGUUUGAUAUCUCCAGCAGCAUCUGCAUCCAGCGCCAGCACCAAUCGUGAUUACGGAGAAGGCAGAGGUCGAUUGAAGGCUCGACAGACUUUGACGAACUAA